AUGGAAUUAAGAAUGUAUUCAUGUGAGGAAAUGGAAAAUCGAGGUUGGUUAACCAUUAGAUUUCGCAUGUCUGUGCCACCGCUACUAAGAAUUCUGGGGACUUUGAAAUAUUUUUGUUAUGGAAAUCCUCUUACUGUUACUCAUACAUUAUAUACGUUUAAAGCCAAGGAACUAACUCGCCUCAAAGAAUCAGAACAAUCAACAGAUGUCCUGUAUCUAAAUAUUUAUUUAUAUUACAAUUUAGAAGACCUUGAUAAUGGUACUGAGCUAAGAAGCCCAUCAUAUAUGGCCGAAAAGAGCGCUGUCCUAAAAGAUCAGUUUCAAGAAAAAACAUUUCAAUGGAACACUCAAAAGUAG